CACGACUGUAUUAACACAGUAGUUAGUACUUUGUGUACUUGAUUUUCUGAUUGAUGUGUCUGUCCCCAGGGCCUGUGAGAAGUUGCACAACCUGUGCCAAUGUCAUGGAAUCUACCUCCUGGGUUCAGGUUGAACCUGCGGUCUUCACUGAAGAAGGCCCAAUGUUCAGCAUGUCUCCCCUGGGGCGCUACGAGUGCAGAGUAUCAGGGCUCCGGUGGGUAUGUAAAGACCAUGUCAAUCUGAAGUAUCAAUUCAGCUCCUGGGAGCCUCACAGGGCAAUGAUGAAACGCUUGGGGUACAAGCAAGGUGGCCCCCUAUUGGACGUUACAAUCGUUGCAGGAAAACUGGAAGAAGUGCAUCUGCCACAUUUUGCCUGUUUCGGCGAUGAUCCCUCCUUUAAAGAGAAAGUGAGAGUUCUACAUGUAGAAGACUGUGGUGUGUCCGUAGAACAAGUGGAUGAAGUCACCCGCUUCCACGUCAAGAUCGUCCAUCCAACCUUCUCUCCAAAAGGAGUUCUCGUGAGAUCUGGCUUUCCGGUGAAAGCCCACUGUGACUUGCAGCUCUACAAGGCCAAGGCAGCAUUCCUCACGCUACAUGCAUAUCUGGUGCCCUGUGAUUCUUCUGUAGAACAGGCAAUGAAGAAAAAGGAGCAGUCUUAUGGAUACAGGAGUAUCAGAAAGCCGCAACCAGUCAAGUCCCUUCGGAUGAAGGAUUGGUUCAGCCUCACAACGUCGUCUCCUUCUGCUGAAGUUAAACCUCCUAAUAUGAAGCUGAGAUAUGACAACACCAAACCAAACUUCUUUGAGGUGUUCAUAAAAGAUGCAGAUGUUGACUUCAGUAUGAAGCUAAUCAGUGACGUGGAGGGGGAAAUCGUCUGGGAUCACACAAUACGAAGAGCCGACUACAGAGACGAAAGGACUCAGAAUUCACAAAGUAAGCAUUUUGUGGACCUCCACCGGACAGACCUGAUCCAGAGAGUGAGCGAGGUAGACCCCAUCUUGGACAGACUCCUGAAGAGUGGAGUCAUCACUGACAAUGGCUACAGUGACGUGAGAUCUGAAAGAACCAAACAGAAGAAGAUGAGGGAGCUCUUUGAUGGGCCACUGACAGGAUGUGGCCCCAAAGGCAAAGAUAUUUUCUUAGAGAUCCUGAAAGAGCAGGAGCCAUUUCUAAUCAGAGAAUUGAAGGGUGAAUGAGAAGCUGGGGAGGUGAAUACAUUUGAAGUUUAAUUUUAGGGGAAAGGACACGGAUGACAGACUCCUAGAGGGGAGUCAUUGCUGACGAGGGCUAUGAUAAGUUGAGGGCUAAAUGCACCACCCAGGACCAGAUGAGGGCGCUCUACUCAGGACCAACAACGUCAAGGAGCACUAAAGACACUUUCUAUGUCAUCCUGGAGGUGCUGGCGUCAUCCCUGAUCAAUGAACUAUUCAUGGACAAACCACCUAUAAUCAAUGAUAGGUGAAUGAAGGGAGGGGGGGCGAAGUGUUUCUAAAAAGGGGCAGAAAACUUUCUCUUUGUUUCUUUGUGUGUUCAUGACUUUGUGAAAAUAAUCACAAAUGUUUAAAAUAAAACACAUUGUUUUAUGGAGGGUUGGAGUUUGAUUAGAAUUGUAUUUAUUUAUUUAGAGACAAGAAAAUAUAUAAAGGAUAGAUUUUUAAGAAAAUACAAUGAAAAGACGACAAAGAAAAAUGUACUGACUUAAUUUAGGCAUCUAUGUGAAUGACAAGUCAGUGAUGGUAAGGAAUACCAGUGGUCAGCAUGUCAAUCAAAAUACAAAUAUAUAACAUUGUAAAGCUUUAUUCAACAGCAUAUAACAGCUUAUAAUUUAUAAAACAUUGUUUCUAUCAUCCGUACUGGGCAGGCAUGUCCUCCCAAGCAUCAAUAUGACUAACUCUUACGAGUGGCUUUGUUUGUGUCUUGUAAAGUAUUGCAUUAAAGCAAACCCCCUGCCACA